AUCGGCAGAGAUAAGGCGCCCACCUGUCAAAAACACCGCCAUAGCACGGAGUAGUUAGUCAGAUGUAGCUAGGCUCGCAGCGCUUCGUUCCUUAGUUUCCACCCAGAUCUAUGUACUCGCAUAUCUUAGGCGCCUAACUCUCAACCAAUCUUUAUAAUCACCAGUACACGAGUAUGGAAGGGGACGGAGCAGUAUGCCUCUUCCGUCGAAUCCCGGACGAUAUUCUUCUCGAAAUUCUGAGCAGCAUACAAGACAUCCGCUGUCUCGCGCACUGCGCGUCGGUCUGCAAGCUAUGGCACCGGAAAGCCCGCGAAGUCGAAUCCGCGACGCUAAUCUGCCCGGGAAAUUUUAAGACGUAUUGGGAUAAGGUGAUGGAUAUAGUGGAUAAGCUGCAGGGAUUCCCCCGUUUGAAGAAAGUCCGCGUUCGCAUCGGGACGAACGGGAUGGGCGGGAGCGGUUCGGCGGGGAGACGUGAUAAUAGCGAGGCCUGGACCAAGUGCAUGCGCUACGCGGAGAUUGGCGCCUCUGUGGAUAAGUUCCUCUUUCUCGCCGCGAAAUCCGGUAGCGCGGAUGUUUUUUACAGUAGCAUUGGUGGGGAUGGCGGAGAGAUGGCGGAAGGCGCAGAGCGCGCGGGGGAGAUGCGGGGAGGGCCGGCGCGGGAGGAUAUGCGCGGGGAGUAUGGAGAUGGGGAGGGGGAGCAGCAGCAGCAGCAGCGCCAGCAGCAGCAGCAGCAGCAGCUGCAGGGAGAGGGGCGAUAUGGAUUCUCUUUUCCCCAGUCUCACAACGCACAUGAAGCAGCAGCAGCAGCAGCAGCAGCAGCAGCAGGCACAGGAGCAGCAUCAGUGGACCUAACCCUAAAGCAGGUCAUGGGCCCCAGCGACGACUCGCUAAAACGCAUGAUGCCCGUUAUAAUCUUUGCCAUUAUCAGGGGCUUCGACGAGUUCCGCGACGUAAUUCCCUGUCUACUGUUGAAGUUACCCCUGCUGCAGCAGCUGCUGCUGGUAGAUGUAACCGACAACGUCACCAUCCACAUGCGCCCGCACCACAUGGCGCAGCUUCGGCGCGCGAACCGGAGGACGUUCGGGGGGAGCAUAGGCUUGGAAGCCCUAGGCUCGGAAAGCCUAGGUACGGAACACCUAGGUCCGGAGAAUCUAGUCUUGGUGGAAGGCAGCAGUUCAGGCAUGAGUGGUGGCAUGGGUGGUGGCAUGGGUGGUGGCAUGGGUGGUGGCAUGGGCGCAGGCAUGGGCACAGGCAUGGGUGGUGGGAUAAGCACGGAGAUAGGCAUGGGGGUUGGGGUGGGGGCAGGCACGAGCAUGGGUGUGGGCGUGGGGGCGUCAGAUGUGUUUGGGGAUGAGGAGUUCCGGCCCGAGCUGCUGGGAGAUGGCGCCGCUGCUUACACGGCUUCUCUUUCAAACUCCGUGGCUCACACAGGUUCUCUCACCAGCACUGCUGCUGCACCCAUUCCUGCAGGAGAACCAACACCUCCAACAGACUUGCCUGGACCCUCCGUUUCUCGUGCAAGCACGCCCGGAGCCGCAGCAGCAUUAGCAACUGUGUCUGCCCCGGCUGCUGCCCCUCGCCUUCCUGCCGUCCCUUUCACAGGCCCUUCUGCUGCCCCUUCGGCUGCCCCUUCUGCUGCCCCUUCUGCUGCCCCAUCCUCAGCACCCACCCUAGACCAGGCCUCUAUCGCAGAACCCCCUGCUCCUACGGAGUUGUCUAGGCGGGAUCUGUCGUCCCACCCUGACUCGCCCAAUUUCCACGUGUCCUUCUGGCGCACAGACAGAGUCCGGGUGGCGUACCCAUCGCCACGUCAGCACCAGGAGCUGACUGACGUGUCAGUCUGCGUGGCCACGCAGGACGCUGUUGCGCUGGACGAUGCUGACGUGGUGGAGCUCGCCCAUUCAGCUGUCGGGGGCCCGGUGCUGGCUGCCACCGUGGCGUUUCUCAACCGCCAAUCAGCCGUGCAUGCCCUGUAGCGGCCACUGCAGCAUGUCUUGUAGCAUGCAUGGUAGCAUGCACUGUAGUGUGCACCAUAGGUGCCCCAGAUUGUGCUGUGUAAUCUGUGCUUGUGCUGUUCAUAAUCCCCGCCGCGUCUCGUCCGUGUGUGCAGUGCAGGAUGGAGGGUGGAAGGGGGGGUUGGAGGAGGGGC